GAAAGAAGCUCACUCUUUGCUCUGCUGCUUGACCACCCUGCAAACUUUCAAGUCUGAACUUUCCACCAGGCUGUCAAUAUCGUCCUUCACGCAUACUACCUCAAAUAUAACCUCCACAGGGUCGCUCUAUACAGCCAUAUAAUCUCCGGUUAACAGAUACCAUGGAGCCUUACGACGACACUUUUGUUGAGGAACAGGAGGAGCAAGAAGAGGAGCGCACUGAGGAGAAGGUUAUUAAUGAAGAAUAUAAAACGUGGAAGAAGAAUGCCCCGUUUCUCUACGACAUGAUACUCAGUACGGCGCUCGAAUGGCCUACUCUCACGACGCAAUGGCUUCCUGAUAAGCAAGAGGUUCCUGAUAAGCCAUAUUCAACUCACCGUCUACUCAUCGGCACCCACACAUCGAGUGAUGCGCAAAAUUACUUGCAGAUCGCUCAAGUACAAUUACCGAAUCCCACUGCACCUAACCCAGAUGACUACGAUGAGGGACGAGGCGAGAUUGGCGGCUACGGCGGCAGCUCCAAGAAGGCGCCAGUGGAGAUCAAAUUCAACAUCGUGCAGAAGAUCGACCACAAGGGCGAGGUCAACAAAGCUCGCUACCAACCGCAGAAUCCCAACAUCAUUGCUACGAUGUGUACAGAUGGACGAGUCAUGAUUUGGGAUCGCUCGAAGCACCCCAGUACGCCGACGGGAACAGUCAACCCUCAAAUGGAGCUGCUCGGCCAUACGCGAGAAGGAUUCGGCCUUAGCUGGAGCCCUCACACCGCUGGCCACCUCGUCACGGGUAGCGAGGACAAGACUGUUCGUCUUUGGGAUCUGACGACAUACACCAAGGGCAACAAGGCACUGAAGCCGGUUCGGACCUACACACACCAUUCAUCUAUCGUCAACGAUGUGCAAUACCACCCUCUGCACUCUUCUCUGAUCGGAACGGUAUCCGACGAUAUCACCCUCCAGAUCAUCGAUAUCCGUGAAGCCGAGACCAACCGCGCAGCCGCUUCCGCGGAGGGUCAGCACCGUGAUGCCAUCAACGCUGUCGCAUUCAACCCUGCUGCCGAGACCGUCCUGGCGACCGGAUCGGCUGACAAGUCCAUUGGUCUGUGGGAUCUUCGUAACCUGAAGACCAAGCUGCACGCCCUCGAAUGCCACAACGAUUCUGUCACCUCGCUGUCUUGGCACCCGUUCGAAGAAGCUGUUCUGGCCAGUGCCAGCUAUGAUCGCAAGAUCAUGUUCUGGGACCUCAGCCGGGCUGGAGAGGAGCAGACCCCUGAGGAUGCACAGGAUGGACCCCCAGAGCUUCUUUUCAUGCACGGCGGUCACACCAACCGCAUCUCCGACUUUAGCUGGAACCUUAACGACCCUUGGGUUCUCUGCUCUGCUGCGGAGGAUAACCUGUUGCAAGUCUGGAAGGUGGCCGAUGCGAUUGUGGGUAAGGAUUUGGAGGAUGUGCCGACUGAAGAGUUGGAGCCAUGAGCUGGCGUUGACUGAAACAUAAAACGGAAGUCUACAUUAUUGAUACCUAUCUUGAGCGGUUGACUUGCUUCUUGUCUUGCUACACGCGUCUCACUGAUACAGUCAACCGGAAGUUUUAAUCCGGAGAGCGCUUAUGUAGAUGGCCUUGUCCCUGGUUCACUCUAAAUACUUAUUUUGAUGCCUCAUGUAACAAUGACC